AUGUACGGCCUCACUGCUGCCCUCUUUGCCACCGCGGCGCUCGCGGCCCCCGCCAGCAGCCCCGACAACAACGCCUGCACGUCGCAGUCGACCAAGGUGACGGCGUUCCAGAUCAAGGACUUUGACUUUCACGCCAGCUGGACCUUUUCCACGCCCGCGCACCAGAACUCGUGGGGCUACGUCAACUUCACGCUCGCCAACGCCGCCGUCGACUACGAGUACCAGUGCAGCGCCGCCUCCUCCUGGCUGUCCGACUUUUACUACGGCAACAUUGACUACAACUGCACCGACCCCGCGACGGGCCAGCAGACGCAGCGCGGCACGUUUAGCUACUCGCGCCCCGCGACGACGCUCGCCAUCAACCAGACGUGGGACUGCCCCGAGGGCAGCCGCUUCUGGGCCGAGGGCAGCGCCGUGCUGGACCUGCGCUGCGACGAGACGACGUACCAGAACCCCAACUGGACCAUGGGGCAGAUCUACUCGAACCGCGUCGUCACCUGCGACAAGCUGAGCCAGCCCGUGCCCAUCACGAGCCUGCGCGCUGCGGCCUAA